AUGGCUUCGCAUGGGAUACUUUCAGCUGUGAAAUGUGAUAGACAAGAGGUGUGUGCAAAUUGCGUCGACGCUGGUGUCGAGUGCCGAAGGAACCGGCCAAAACCGCGAUCAAGGCAAAAGGCACAUUCAGGAAACAGUCUCAGUCCAAAUGCCGGGAACGAAUUGUACGAGUCUCAGGGAGAAGCUCCUUCCAAGAAGAGAAAAAUUGACGAUGGCUUUGCUCGGUCGAGGAGCGCUCCCAAUGAGACCGCCGAAUGGGCUUCGCCUUCAGAAGACUCCACUCAUCGCGCAAAGCAAGCCAAGGUCAUUCUACAGAACGAACUCAAUUUCGAUGGCUUUCUUGAUAAAUACUCGGUUGUCAUUGAAGGAUCCAAUGAGACCAACAUCCACUGGCCCGAUCAUAUCUCCGGAAAGACGCUGGAGACGAUGGUCACUCGUCUUCUACAGGAUGAGACUGAUGAGCAGUCACACCAUCAGCUUAGCGUGUGUAUCUAUACCAAGGCAGUAUCCCAUCUGUAUCGACUGUUCAAGCUGUCCCGAAAUCCGACACUUAAGAGACAAUAUUUGAGAUCUAAAAGAGAGUACGAGACGGCUGGCCUUUACGCGCUUCAGCGGAUCGACGUCUGCAGCACGCCGAGUCUUCUUUUGAUCCAAUCGCUGAUAUCUGGCGCCUUGUUAAUGCAGAAACUUGGAAAGAUGAAUCAGUCAUGGGUACUCAAUUCAUACGCGGCACGGCUGAUCGUCUCGCUAAACUAUCAUGAAGUUGACGGUUUUACGCCGGACUCUGGCAUGAAUGAGGAAAUACAUAGUUCACUAUGGGGCUGUUAUUAUUUGGAUAGAACGUUGAGUUAUCUCUUUGUUCGGCCUCCAUCGUUGCCGGAGCUCCGGGUCCCUCCUAGCCAGCUAGUCCACGCUGACACUACAUUGCUGUAUGGUCCUUUGAUAGGGAUCAUUCUGGAUUUAGCCCAAGUCCAGGGCGAGCUUCUUGAUCUUUUGCUCAACGGACAGCGCAAGUUUGCUGCGGAGGUUUCUGCCAAAUACGAAAAUAUCCAAGCACGCAUGAGCAAAAUAUACUCCGACCUUCACUCGAGACGUAGCUCUCUUCCUCCCACUGUCACCAACGAAUACCUUUCGGCCGACUUUUGUUACCACGCGAUUUUAGUCGAUGUGUAUCGGGCGCGGUUAAAACAUCACCCCGAUGCCGAAACGUACAAGGAGUGUUUAUUAUCGGCCCGAGCAUCGCUACGAGCAUUUCAGUCGCUUGAGAAGGAUCUCGCAUAUGAGUUGGGUCUUGAAGACCCAUGUCCAUAUUUCUUGACAUGGACGGUCUUGCUGUACCCGCUCAGUCCAUUCUUUGUCCUAUUUUGCAACGUCGUCCGGGAGUCUGAUUUUGAGGACUACACCUUACUGAAAGAGGUUACCCAGGGCUUAUCGCGGAUCACCGGCAAUUCAUAUGUCUCGAAAAUGUUGGAUCUCCUGACCGCACUACAGAAUUUGUGCGAGCCAUUGUUCCAGACGACCAUGGACAUCCAGCAAGGUUCUCAAGUCUCCGAGACAUAUGGCACGAUGGAUGGCCCGGUGUACCAGGCGGUGGCCCCCGACACAACAAAUCAUACCUCGCUAGAUUGCAGCCAUCCAGGUCCUCCGAGUACAGAGCCUGUUAUUGAACCAUCAAGCACCGGCAUCCUUCCACCGGAGAUGUAUCCGGAAUCGUCCACGUCCACUGACGGGCUCAUAUGGCAGCUUUUUAAUAGCCAAUUUUCGCUAGGCUGGUUUGACGUGGAUUAUUCUCCGUUAAAUGGCCAUUGA